AUGCGAAAUACAGUGGUUGUGAGUGAUGAUCAUUCAUAUGGAAAGCCACCUGCUGCUACUUCGUUUGUUCGCACCUUAUUAUGUGGUGCUCCUUUGUUUUCGGAUCCGAAAUGUCGUCCUUCCGGUAAACUGAAGUCAGCACAAUUUUGCAAUUAUAUGCCAUUAUCAUCACGUUUCAAGGAAGAUAAAAUGGAAGCAUCAGCUCAAGAAUCUUCUGCAAUAGCAAAAAAUGUUCAUAAAAAUCAACCAUCUGUUUUGGUAAAAAUGUAUCAGGAUGGUUACAGUGGUUAUAGAAGCUCAACAAAACAUUACUUUUCGAGUAGCGAGCAAAAACGGAAUGAAUUUACGGUUGAGGUGAACCAUCGAUUAGCAACGAAAAGUGACUUCUAUGAGUUAGAUCACGUGCAACAAUAUUACGAAAAGCUCAUGUGUCAAUUAACAAUGAGCAAUUCAACGUUGAUGCGUGAAAAUCAAAGGCAUCAAAUUCGAUUCAAACAGUUAAGGAUGCUUUUGGAAGAUCACAUUGAUCAUUUGAAUAACAUAUAUUUCACUUUAUUUUUGAAUGGAUUCAGUGCUAUUCAAUUUCCUGAUGGUCAAACGGUAAAUCUAGCAGAAUUUCAAGGCACAAAAUUGAAAUUAAUCCCGCGUACAAACAUAUUAUCGGCUGAUGUUUUAUCAUCAACAACAACAACCGACGAAGAUCUCUUUACUUCUCCUCCUUAUAACAAUAAUGGCAGUUUCACCGAUAUUUCUAACAUCAAGACAUUCACCGAGGGCAUGCAAACAAAGCAAAAUAUGGAUGUUUCGUUAAAUGACAACGGUCAAUCCUCCAGAAAUUUUUUAAUAAGCAAAGAAAAUGAUGAUAUUGAGGGUUAUCUGCAGUGGAUGAAUGGACAGACUACAAUCUGGUAA